GUACGACUACGAUAGGAGACUGCGAUCACAGUAAUCUCUCGGCCACGGUUCGACUCGGAAUAUGUGGAGGGACUUGAGGAGCUUGGAAUAUGAAAAUUAUAAUAUUUCUUUGGUUGACGGCAAGCGUCUGUGCAAGAGUUGCUGUAGUUGAAGAGAAAUUGCUGGAUAUAUCUGACAACUUAAUCAUAGACGAUAAAGCUGAACUUAAAAACAUAACAAAUAAUGCAAAAGUUUUAACAAAGGAAGAGAAAAUAGACGUAUGUCUUAAUGUGAAUUCUUUAAAUAGCACAAUAAGUGAAACUACGGCGGAUCAACUAGCAUGUUUGUUAAAACUACUUAAUUCCACUGUAAUCAAGCCUGACAACGGAGUGGCUCUGAUUCUGACCCCAUUAAUCGAAGACGGUCGUAUUGAUGAGGCGCGGAACGCCAGUAAAGUUGAUUCCGAGCAAUUUCUUGGUCUAGAAAGUUAUUCAGGAUUCUUGACAGUGAAUGAGACGUACAAUUCGAAUCUGUUCUUCUGGUACUUCCCGGUGGAAAAUAAAACUGUGUCGGAGACGCCCUGGAUCAUCUGGCUUCAGGGAGGGCCUGGUGCUUCUAGCUUGACGGGGCUGUUUGACGAAAUUGGCCCCUUGAAAUUGGAGAAUGGACAUCUAAUUCGCAGCCCGCACUCCUGGCUGCAGAACCACUCGCUGCUAUUCAUUGACAACCCGGUGGGCACAGGGUUCAGCUUCACAAACCACCCGGAUGGAUUCACUCAAGAUAGCACAACGUACGGCAUCCACCUCUACUCAGCCUUGAGGCAGUUCCUCCAGAUGUUCCCAGAGCUGAGAUCCGCUCCGCUGUUCGUGGCAGGAGAGUCUUACGGUGGGAAGUUUGUCCCAGCAUUGGGUGCUGAGAUCCAUAAACAUAUGGACGAACCGGAUGGGAAAAUCAAAAUGGGAGGUUUGAUGAUCGGCAACGCGUACGUGGAGCCUUCAAUGAUAGCUCAAAUAGCGAUGUCUUUCAUCCACUUCGGGUUGCUGGUGAAGGAGCAGAUGGACAUCGUGAGGCCGCUGGUGGACUCCUUCCAUGGAGACAUCGCUGCCAACAGGAGCAUUGAGGCCAAAGAGAAAUUCACGAACCUCAUCACGAUACUCCUGUUCCUAUCGCAUCAGAAGCAGGCCUACAACUUUCUCAAAGACGACAUCCUGGCCGGCCACUACUCCUCAUACCUCGAGCAAAGUGCGAUCAGGAAGGCUCUUCACGUCGGAGACAUAAGGUUCCAUUUUGUCAACAUGACGGUCAACAGUAAAUUGGCCCCGGAUUUCUUGAGCGACGCUCGGCCCAAAUUCGAAAUGUUGCUUGAUCACUACAGGGUGCUUACGUAUUGCGGUCAGCUAGACCAGAUGUUGCCCUGCGGGUACACAUCAGAAGCCUACCGGCGGUGGCGGUGGGGACACUCCCAGGAGUUUCUGGAAGCCACUCGAUAUCCCUACAUUUACAACAGGAAGGUAGCCGGAUAUCACAAGACUGGCGGAGGGCUGACAGAGGUACUGAUCCGCGGAGCUGGUCAUAUGGUGCCCAUGGAUCAGCCCGGACCGGUCCAGGAGUUGGUUGCGAGGUGGACGCAGCAGAAACCGCUCAGCUCCGGCUUCGGCAUGCUCGAGGGAUCCUUCGUUCAGCAGUUCAUUAGGAACCAUACGACCGCAAUCUAUUUAUAAGAUAUCUUUGUCAUGUGCUGGACAUAACUGUGUUAAGGCAGGAGUUCUAGAGUUUAAGUACAGUUGUGAUGUAUUAAGGGAGACGAGUAUUAGGUAGCUGUAAGAUAGUGACAACGGAUAUGUGUCAAGAUUUCAGACUAAGGAAAGGAGGAUCAUUGUCUGUCUUUUACCUGAAGUAACAGAUGCUGAAGUGAUAUUGGAAAAUCGAAAAACAAGUACACUAACGUGGACAAUAACGCUGGACCGAGGGAGGGACUGGGACACAUCAUGGCUUGAUUAAGUUCGUUCACAGUUCACACAUAGUGAUACAACUUUCAUUCUUUAGGAUCGCGAUGCAGUUGUGUCCAGUACAAUGAAUACGAGUACGAGUAGUUAAGAAAAGUAUCCAAAUACUUAUAAAAUAUUAAGUAAUUUAUACUUUUAAAUAAAGUUUUUUUUUCUUAGA